UUAAGUAAGUGACUGACUGAACUCUGUCAUCGAUCGCUUGCCGACCACUUACUUGCUUGUUAUUUCCCUACCUGUCCAAGUCCCGACUCGUUCCGGGAAGCUUUUUUUUUUUUUUUGCCGAAGCGGCGACCACCGUGUUUGGACUUUUUUUUUUUUUGGGUGUUUGCUCCUCCCUCCUUCCCGGACUCCUUGGUCACUGGGUGCCCCCGCUGAGCGCCCGCUUGGACUUUGGCACUGGUUUCGUAUUCUAUGUCUACCAAGAUGGAGACUACCUUCUACGACGACGCGCUGAGCACUGCCUUCGGACAGCCCGAGGCGAACGGCUACGGAUACAACCCCAAAGCCCUGAAGCACAGCCUGACUCUGAACCUGGCCGACCCCGCCAGCUCCCUGAAGCCCCACCUGCGCGCCAAGGCCAGCGACCUGCUCACCUCCCCGGACGUGGGACUCCUCAAGCUGGCUUCUCCGGAGCUCGAGCGGCUCAUCAUCCAGUCCAGCAACGGCAUGAUCACCACCACGCCGACGCCUACCCAGUUCCUGUACCCCAAGAAUGUCACGGACGAGCAGGAGGGCUUCGCCGAGGGGUUCGUGCGGGCACUGGCUGAGCUCCAUCACCAGAACAUGCCGGGGAGCGCCCCCGCGGCUCCUCCUCCUCCGACGAGCGGCAACAGUGGCAGCAGCCCCCCGACGUUCAGCGCCGGCCUGGAGCCCCCGGUCUAUGCCAACCUGAGCACCUUCAAUCCCGGUACCAUGGGCACGUCGGUGGCAGCAGCGGCGGCGGCUCCCGCCUACACCUACGGCCCGGCCCCCCACAUGACGCCCCAGCUGCCGAUGCCGCACCCGAGGCUGCAGGCGCUCAAGGAGGAGCCCCAAACGGUGCCAGAGAUGCCGGGCGAGACUCCUCCGCUGUCGCCCAUUGACAUGGAGAGCCAGGAGCGCAUCAAGGCCGAAAGGAAGCGCAUGCGGAACCGCAUCGCCGCCUCCAAGUGCCGCAAGAGGAAGCUGGAGAGGAUCUCCCGGCUGGAGGACAAGGUGAAGACCCUCAAGUCGCAGAACUCCGAGCUGGCGUCCACGGCCAACAUGCUGCGGGAGCAAGUGGCGCAGCUCAAGCAGAAGGUCAUGAACCACGUCAACAGCGGCUGUCAGCUCAUGCUCACGCAGCAGCUGCAGACCUUCUGAGCGACGGCCGCCGACAGCCGGAUGGGGGGGAUCGAUCGAUCCACCGGCCAGUCAAUCGCACGACGAUGAAGAAGAAGAAGAAGAGGAGAAGAGAGAGAGUGAGCGAGCAGGCGCGCUCCCGACAGUGCCCCGGCGCGCGCACCACCCGAAGAGUGCGCCUUCACAAAGUUGUGCCGGUGUGCCGCGGCUCCCGGGGGGAUUCGACGGUUAGAGAGGGGGGUGUGCGGAGGUGCGAUCCCACCCGAGGGCACCGCUUCCUGCUUUGUUUUUGUUUUGUUUUCUUCAGAGACGCAGACAUUUCUCGUUUCACUUUUGACCAACUUUUUUUUGUAUGGGACGGACUUUUUGAAAGCUCAACUUGCGCAGUAUUAACGAGACUGGGGGGGAGUCCCGACGGGCCCAUAUUAUUUUUUUUUUUUGGGGGGGGGGGGGGCUUUUCUGGAGAAGGAAGGAAGUUCAGCGAAGCUGCCUGUCAUGAACCGAAAUGUACAGAUUACGUUUGUUUUUUAUGGAAGUUGUUGAAAACAGCUUUAAAACUUUGUAAGUUUAUUUGUUUUCUAAAUGGGCCAACUGCCCGCGUAUUUGUGAAGAAGACGACUGAGGACUCUUAGGUUACCAUUUGUAAUACAAAUAUCAGUUUUUUAUGUUCGUUUUUGGACAAUUUCAGACACAAAUCAAGUAUAUUUAAGCAAUGCAUUAAUAAAAGCAAACUCAAGUGCA